AUGCGUAUAAAAGUGGAAUGCCAAAGGAGAAAACUCUUUUUUUUAAGCAAGUAUUUUUUUACUAACGAACAAAAGUAUUUCAAAAUAGGAGUAAUAGGAGCAGGUCCAUCAGCUUUAUAUUGCUGUAAAUAUUUUUUGAAAAACGAAAGAAUAAAAGUCGAUAUUUUUGAUAAAUUACCUAACCCUUAUGGGCUUUUAAGAUAUGGCGUAGCACCUGAUCAUGUGAAUGUGAAAAAUAUUUGCAACUCAUUCAAUCCAAUCAUUUUGAGCAAGAAUUAUAGAUUUUUUGGAAAUGUUAAUAUUGGUGUAAACUUAAAAAUAGAAGAACUGCGUAAUUAUUACAACGUUAUAGUCUUUUGUUGUGGUGCCUCUGAUAUUUCAUUGCCCAGUGUAGAACUGGUAGAGGGGAAGGAGGAGAAGAUGGCUAAAGGAUAUGAUAGAGCACUAAAAGUUGCAGACGGAUUGUGUAGUGAACGGGAUAGUGAACAGACCUACAAACAGGUUUCUAAACAGGUUUCUAAACAGGUUUCUAAACAGGUUUCUAAACAGGUUUCUAAACAGUUUUCUAAACAGGAUGUUAAACAGGAAGCUAAACAGGCUGCUGGACAGGAUGCUAAACAGGCUGCUGGACAGGAUGCUAAACAGGCUGCUGGACAGGAUGCUAAACAGGCUACUGGACAGGAUGCUAAACAGUUUGCUGGACAAGCUGCUGGACAGGAUGCUGGACAGACUGCUGAACAGACUGCUGAACAGGAUAGUAAACUUGGUAGAGGUAUUUUCCAUGCUCUGGACUUGAUAUACUUUUAUAACAGUUAUUAUGACGAUAUGAGAUGCAAAACUAUAGAUAAUUACUUAAGUUCGUUGGAAAAUUUUUCAAGUGCUGUUAUUGUAGGAAAUGGCAAUGUGGCAUUAGACGUGGCUCGAAUUUUGGUCAAGUCAUAUGAAAAUUUAGAAAAAACGGAUAUAAAUAAUAAUUAUUUAAAUGCAAUGAGAAAGCAUAAAUUUAAACAUAUAUAUAUUAUGGGUAGAAGGGGAUACUGGCAAUCUUCUUUUACGAAUUCCGAAUUAAGGGAAUUAUUGAAUUUAGAUAAUACGAAAGUAAUAUUAAAUAAAAAAAAUUAUUCCUUAUGUUCAAUUUUAAAAAAUUAUGAUGAAAAUAAUAAAAUGAAACAAAGACAACAUAAACUAUUUUUAAAUAUGGUUCAUAAUUAUGAAGAAUUUGAAAAAAAUAAAAAUAUAUAUGAGAACUAUAAGAUUAUUGAAUUUAUUUUUUAUCACGAAAUUAAAAAAAUUCAUUUUAAUAAUCAUUAUAUGAAAAACGUAAUAUUUCAAAUGAACAAAGAUUUAAAUAUAUUAGACUCUUCACCUUAUCAAAAAAAAAAAAAAGUUUUCACUACUCCCUUACUAAUAUUUGCAACAGGAUUUAAAAAAAAUCAGUUCUGCGAAAAUUUAUAUAAUCAAUCCAUUCUAAAAUUUAAAGACGAUAUUUUAAAAAAAAAAUUUGCUAUCUUUAAAGCAGGUUGGUUUGAUAUUGGUCCAAAGGGAAAUAUAUCUAACCAAAUUUUAAAUUCCAAAAAAAUAACAUCCCAUAUUUUAAAUUUUCUUAAUAACACAACAGAAUUUUUUCAUAAUGACAUUUCGAAUUUGUUAAGUGCAAAGAAAAUUAAUUUUGUCAAUUUUGAUGAUUGGAUUUAUAUUCAUAAUUUAGAAAUUAAUGCAGGGAAACAGACAGGAAAAAAUGCGCAAAAAAUUCGUACAGUAGAGGAGGUAUUAUAUAUUUUAAAUGAAAAAAAAAAAAAAAAAAAAAAUUGA